AGUAUAUAAAUUUACAAUUAUUCUUAUAAAUUUACAAUUAUUCUUGCUGUUCUACCCAAUUUUAUCAAGUUUUAACUACUGUAAAAUAUUAUUAUAAGCAUAGUAUAAAAUAUUAGCUAAACUAUUGGACGUCUUAUUUUGCAGGUACCAAUCACAAAACAUUUUUCACAUAAAAAUUUUAUAAAAGAGGAGAAUAAGUACAUGGUUCGGUCAAUUUAGCCUAAACCUUCAGGAAUUGAAACGAUGACAAAGAAAGCACGUAAAGUAUUAGAAAAAGAACAAGCGGCGUCCGCCGCUGCUGAAGCUGAGAGAAUUAGGACGCAAAUGAUUAAAGAUAUGCAAGAAGAGAUUCGAUUAGAAAAGUAUAAUACAGAGAGACAAAUAUUGCUUGAAGAACGAGAAGCGGCAAUGCGGAAAAUUCAACUAGAAAAGACGCAAUUUAUACUUCAUGAUUACAAAAAUGCAUUCAUGAAAUAUUUAAUUACUGUCGAAGAAGAAGAAAAUUGGAUUAGAUAUAUGACUUGCGAUGGUCUGCCAAAUCCUGGCAAUUUAUCUGAAAUUAAUACUUUUCUAUUUUUAUGGUCGAUGGAAGAUGAGAAAAUUGAUAUGAACAAACUUAUUGCGAAAUGUAAUAUAAUUAUUAAUUUAUUGACAAAACUCGACGAAAUAAUACAAUUUUCUUUAACAAGCUCAAUCAGUUAUAUAAAUGAAUGCAAGAUAAAUAGACAGGAAUUUCGAAACAAGCUUCAAGAAUGGAUAGACGCAGCGUGUUAUUCUCUUUUGCGUAAAAUAGAAAAGGAUAUGAUCCGCGAGAGCAUAAGAACGGCGAGAUAUACUAAUAUUUCUGAUAAAAUCAGUAUUUGUAUUUGGACUUUAAUAAAAUCGCCAAUUCCACUCAAGCAAGUCACCGAAAAAGAUCGAAAACCUAUAGAAGUCCUUUUUGAAGAAAUAGAGCUGACUGUUAAAAUGCCUGCAGACAUUGAUUGUUAUUGUUUGGCAAUACGAGCACUAUGGGUAAAGUAUAAUCACUACUCUGAUUCCGCAACUUCGUGCAUCAUACCAAAAUUGCCAGAAGAAUAUGAAAAUCUGUAUACCAUAGAUUUUUAUACUUAUUGUCAAAAUGAGUAUAAUACAAAAUUGAAGAUACGCGAGGAGCAGGUUGAAGGUCGUCGUCUUCGAUUAGAAGAAAAAAAAGCUAUACUUGAGAGAAUGGAAAAUCCACCAGUCCUGGUACCUACAAAGCCCGAAAGAAAAGGGCAAAGAAAGCCUGUUCAAGGAGUGAGACAUCCAGAAUCGGAACAGGAACCAGAAAAAUUACCGUAUUUGCCUACACCUGAUGAAAUUAUUCUGCAAAGAGAGGAUGAAACUCGAAAGGAAAUUAGAAAACUACUUUUCACACGUUGCGAAAAAACUGAGAUAAAUUUACGAAAAUAUAGAAUACUUGGUGGUGCAUUACACAUCGAUUUAGUUUAUCAACCACCGCAACCUAAGAAUUUACCAAAAAAUAUUACGCUUACCACACUGCAAAUUCCCAAAGUAUUAAAAUUUGUACCGUUUUGCAAGCCAUAUAAGGCACCGCCUCCAGCACCUGAUUCUGAAAGAACACCAGAAGUAAUCGAGGCAGAAAUGAAAGCACUUGAAGCUGCAAUGGAGGCAUUAGCUCUAGUAACUUUAAAACUUCCCAGUUCUAUUAUCUGGUUUGAACCACCAUUAGUGGCUCAUUGGAUACCUGAGAAAAAGAUAUGGCCAACGCAGGAUGUGCACGAUAUCAAAUAUAACGAGGAAAAGCAAACUAUUACAUUUAGAACCGGCAGAUUAGGGGUCCAUGGUCUUGCUACUUUAAAAUUUAUCAAUAUCCCUUUUCAAAGCUGGGAACUCAAGCCUGAAAUCGGUAGAAAUGCACGUGGUGGCAUUGUACUCAAUGUAUCCGCUGCUAUUGUUCAAGCAGAAUUUAUAGUCAGGGAGGAUUUAGUCUGCUUAAAUUCGUUGGCUGGUGGUAUGUCGACGGGACUUAAAGAGAUUAUUGGAGAGUAUAUGAAGCUGCAUAUCUUAAUUAAGAAGAUGCGCGACGCCGGAUGUGAUCUAUUUCCGGAACGAGAUGCCUUCAGUUACGUGAAAGCUCUUCCGGUAAAGCAUCCCGUAACUGAAAGGCACCUGCGGGAAUGCAUGGGUCUACUGUGCACAGCAUAUGCCUUCUCCUGGUCGCGUUGGAAUGCUAAUCGAAAUUCUAGGGAAAUUGUGAUACAAUUCAAAGAACUUCAUGGAUGCGUUGCAAAAGAGAGAACGAAUGUAACUCUUUUAAUAACUCCUUUACGAACGAUGACAGUAUCCUGUACUGAAGUGAGUUCAGAAUUUUCCACUAUAUCUUUAGAUGAUGAAAACACAAAGUUUUAUGCUGAUUUAUAUUACUUGGCACUAGAAAAUGCCGGAAUCAAAAGCCGUAUAUUGAUGAAAAAUAUAUCUUUUAAACUUGCCCAUACUGUCACAAAACUUUUAGGUUGUACUAAUGUAAUUAACAUGUCAUCGUAAAAAUUAAUUUCAAUCACAAACAAAUGAAUAAACAAUAUUCUUCAU